CGCCAAGCGUCCGUCGCCUAUUUGGGUCCUUUCGCGAUAAGAAGAUUACGCUUCGCUAUCCGUCCGCUUCGACGCCAUGAGCGAAACCUAGCGCGUGGUGUCGCAGUGAAGCAUCAAUUCGAAGAAUGGCGGCAGUUUCCUUCCUCUCCGCCCCGACUUUACUCCGCUUCCGUCCUCGCUCUCUUCUAAAGCAAAGAGGGGUUUGCUGCUAUCUCAAAGCCGAUGACUUUGCCCUUGCCGACGCAGGCGAAAGAUGCCUGCCGACUAGAAGGGAUGUUCUUAAAUGCUUGGGUGCUGCAGUUGGCAUGGAAUUGGUUGCAACCUCAGGGCCAUUCGCCGAAGUUUCCUAUGCUGCUGAUUUGAUUCAACGUCGGCAGCGUUCUGAGUUCCAAUCAAGUAUCAAAGAUACUCUCUCUAAAGCUAUAAAGGAACAUUCAGAUCUUAUUCCAUCCAUACUUAUUCUCGCACUGAAUGAUGCCAUGACAUAUGACAAGGCUACAAAAUCUGGAGGCCCCAAUGGAUCAAUUCGCUUAAGCCCUGAAAUAGGGAGACCUGAAAAUAGCGGGCUUUCUGCUUCAUUGGAUCUCCUAGUUGAUGCCAAGAAAGAGAUAGACUCAUAUUCCAAAGGUGGUCCAAUUUCAUUUGCAGACCUUAUCCAGUAUGCUGCCCAAUCAGCUUUAAAGAAAACCUUUAUUGAUUCUGCAAUCAAGAAAUGUGGAGGGAAGGAAGACAAAGGAAUAUUUCUUUAUUCGGUAUAUGGCUCUAAUGGUCAGUGGGGCUUGUUUGACAGACAAUUUGGGCGAAAAGAUGCUGAGGCUCCUGAUCCAGAAGGAAGAAUCCCUCAAUGGAACAAGGCUUCCGUUCAGGAAAUGAAAGAAAAGUUCAUUGCCAUUGGCUUUGGUCCUCGCCAGCUUGCAGUGAUGUCUGCAUUUCUCGGUCCUGAUCAGUUGGCAACAGAGAGCUUUUUGUCAACUGAUCCUGAUGUCCGACCAUGGGUUGAGAAGUAUCAACGAAGCCGAGAAACUGUAUCUCAAACCGAUUAUGAGGUUGAUCUUAUAACAACACUCACAAAACUGAGCACUCUAGGCCAGCAAAUAGAUUAUGAAGCAUACACAUAUCCUCCGAAGAAGAUCGAGUUGAGCAAAUUAAAAUUGUGAAGAAACUCUUAGGUGCUUGCCUCUGUGAUUAGUGGGUAUUUAUGCAUAAAGCUUGGAGCAUUGGUAUAGGCAGCGCAAUUCUUGGCAAUGGAAGUUUUGUUGUUCUUCUCAAGUUGUAAAACUUAGUUAUUAUAUAAAUAUAGUCCCUUGUUCUAGGGAAAACAUUAGUGAUGGCAAUUUCUCUACAAACCAACAAUGAUAUUAAGCUUGUUCUGUUUCAGACUUGUUUAGAUGUGUUUUUUUAACUCGAGUACGAGUUUUUAA